UCAGACUACUACCUCAAUUGAAACGGUGCUGAGCUUGUCUGCAAAGGCAGGAACGAUAGCUCUGAAUCUGCGUGCUUGAGUGAGCGCGUUGACCGCAAGCCCCCGAUCCGAGCAUGAACACUAUGAGCUAUUAGUCCACGCGAUUCCAGACCACAUCAGACUGCCAACCCUCCGCGCAUCGCAUAUCGUCCAACAGCUUCCUACCAAACUUACACCUCAAAUAUGCCCUCCGCAAACAAAGGCAAAGGCAAAGGCCGCGAGGCUCGUCCCUCCCGAAGUCGCAACACUACCCCGAACUCCAGCUUCAGCGCCGGCCCGACCGCCUCCGCCCCGCUCCACAGCUACCUCGACAACGAUGUCUCCAAGCUGAUGAUGACUGGCUCGACCAUCCAGUAUGGAGAAUUGCUCGAGCGCAUGGGUGGAGUUGGCCCGAUCCCUGAUUCCAAGUCUCUCGAGUUAUUGAUGGAGCACCUCAAGACCUUGAGCCAGCUAGCCGAAACACGAGGUGACGCAUGCAAUGCCGGCAUCAGAGAGCUAUCACAGAAGCGCAAGGAGGUCGUUGAAGAGCAAGAGUCAGCCGAGCGAGAAGGGACCGAUCGAGUGAAGAUGAAGCGAGAAGCCGAUGACGAGGAGGAAGAGAAGGUACUAAAGGGAGGCAAGCUAAAGAGGCGCAAGGAACGCGGAAGCAGUUCCAAGGAGGAACGUCCGCUGACUCACGGUGCCCAUGAUGUUGCGCGUCAAGACGGUGCUGAGACGAAGGUGGAAGGAGCCGCAUCCCCAGCUUCCAAAAAGUCCAAGAAUGCUGCUUCCGAAGAGGCCUCGUCUCUAUCCCCCACAUCGCGAAAAUCUCCCCAACCAGUUGCCGAUGAAGCGGCCGAGGAUGCAGGGUCGCCCGGAUCGGACGAUAGCUCCGAGUCACACCAACCUGAGCCCGCGCCGGCCGUGCCACAGGUGCAAGUGUUCGGUCCCAACCCGCUCAAAUUCGAUGACCCCACCAUAUAUCACAUCCGGGAGGUUACUCCAGACAUGACCGAUGAGGAGAAAAAGGCCAUCUACAGCGUCGCCCGCUUCCCCUGGAGUGAUUUGAGCCAUCUGAUGGCAGGUUCCCCUCCGGAUCGCGAUUUCAGUAGCUCCAAGCCCGCGAGUCAAGUCAACGCCAACACAUUCCUAGCCUAUAUCGAUCCAUACGUCCGACCAUUGACAGAAGAAGACAUAGCGUUCCUGAAAGAGAAGGUGAGCUCUCCAAUCGACCUCGCCAAGGCCCAUCGCUCACCCACCCAGGGCGAUCGCACGACCCCCUUCAUCAUGCCUCGACGCGGAAAGAAACACUACACCGAAGUAUGGGCCGAGGACGACGGGCUCAUGAACGUCGACCAACCCAACGGCGACAAAGAGCGGCUACCGCUCAACCAAGGCCGAGGAAACAUCGACCAAGUGACCGACGAGACCGUCGAAACCGACAAAGUCUCCGUCGGCCCUCUCGUCAGCCGACUCUACUCACUCCUCCGCUACGAGCAUCGAGCCCUCCCCGAUGAAUCCGCUCCCAACGCCAACGGCUCCGUCAACGGUGACAUGGCGAACGGCCCCAUGAACCCCGACUCCAUGGACAUCGACCACCCAACCGGCGAGACCUCCAACGAAACCAAACCCCUCCCCUCCGCAACCGCCUUCCCCGAUUCCUCCCCCAACAACUUCAAAGUCCCCGCCGCCAAGCUCGACCACGCGCAGCUAGACGAGCGCCUGAAAGCCGAACUCCGCCACGUCGGCUUCCUCGGCCCAGACGACAACCCCGACUACGACGCCCACUACGACGACGACAUCGCCCAACGCCUCCGCCUCCUCCAAAGCGAGCUCAAAAAACAAAUGAUCAUCAACAGCGCCCGCAAGACCCGUCUCCUCGACAUCGCCCGCGAACGCAUGGCCUACCAGGAGUACAUGACCAUCCACGACGACCUGGACUCCCAGGUCCAACAGGCCUACCUGAAACGCACCCGCACCCUCGGAAAAAGCAAAAAGGGCUCUCAGGCCAAACACCGUCCCGGUGGCGCCGGAGGCGGCAGCCAUGUCGUCAGUGCUGCAGGCGUUGGCCGCCCCGCGAUUGGUGAUGUUGCCCGCACGCUUAUGGAUCGACGUAAGCGGUGGCGCGAUUGCAUCGGUCUGGUCUUCAAGGAUAGUAAGACUAGUGUGCCUGGGAAGAAUGAGUCGGUCUUUGAGCCGUCGUUGAUGGCGGAGGUUGAGAAGGCCGAGGUGGAGGGCUGGGAUGAGGAACAGGAAUGAUUGAUCGAUGCAUCCAUUCCUUGCUUGCUUGCUUGUUCUUCCUGCCCGCUUAUUCCGGUUUUCGCUUCGAUGUACAUAUUGCGUUUGUUUUGUUUGAUUCCUUCUUUGGCUGAUAUCUUAGCGAUGAUUGGAUAGGGGAUUUAACUUUUGGUUUAGCUUUGGGUUUGGCGUUGGGGACGGAUGAAUGCAUGGAUGGAUCGAUGGAUGGAUAUGAUUGAGAUGUUUUACUCGUGAGGUAACAUAUACUCAGUGUGUUAGCUGGGAAGAUACUUGGCUCUCUGUAUAUAGGUUAGGUAACGAGGAUUAAUACCAAC